GUAGCUCGCUCAUGCACAACGUAAAGGGCUGCCUGCUGGGGCAGUAGGACAGGGACUUCGCGGGUUCUCGCCGCGCGGAGGCCAUGCUAUGAACACAUUGAUAACAAGGGUGCAUGCGAAGUGACUCGAAAGUGUUGUCAGGUCAGUUUUCAUUUGUAAGGCCUUAAAUACUGUCGGUGGUGGGGCACAUCGAUAGGACGUUGUGCCCUCUUCCCUCCAAAAGCCGCCAUGGCCAGCAACGUCGACCAGGAGUCCAAGCAGCCCGUCCAGGUUGUCAGCCAGCCUGUGCCCAGCGCUCCCGCAGUCACGACAGGUGUCGUAGAGGGCGCUGAGGUCGAAGUUAUACCCAGAAACAAGCUGGCAAUUGUAUUUCCAGCCUUAAUGUUGUCGUUAUUCCUCUCCGCAUUGGAUCAGACCAUCGUCGCUACUGUUCUGCCCAAGAUUGUCAACUCUUUGUAUGGCGGUAAAAGCUAUAGUUGGGUCGGGAGCGCGUACCUGUUAGGAUCUGCUGCUCUAGGUCCGCUAUACGGCAAGCUGUCAGAUUUGUUGGGUCGCAAGCCCAUCUUGUUCAGCAGUAUAUUCCUUUUCCUGAUUGGCUCCGCAUUAUGCGGCGCCGCGCAAAACAUGAACUGGCUCAUCGCCAGUCGUGCCGUUCAGGGUGUGGGUGGAGGAGGCAUCACGCAGAUGUUCUUUACGCUCUUGGGGGAUCUUGUACCCCUUGAGAACCUUGUCGGUCCGGUCAUUGGCGGGGCCCUCGCGGAUCACUCGUCCUGGCGGUGGUGUUUCUGGAUUAAUCUUCCCUCCGGCGGCGUCGCUGCCACCCUUCUAUUCUUCUUCCUCCACACCGCGCCGCAUCAGGGGCAAACACUAAGCCACCAUAUACGGACCUUCGACUUCCUCGGCCUCUUCCUUAUCAUCGCCGGAAUCGUCUGCUUCCUGCUAGGCUUGAACUUUGGGGAGACAUCAUGCCUGAAGCAGCUUGUAGGGUCGACGCCGCAGACGAUCUCGCUUUUGGUAAUCGGCGUCCUCCUUUUGGUUGCGGGAGGCGUCAAUGAGGUGUACACGACAAGGGACCCCAUUAUUCCCAAGCGGAUGUUCAAGGCCAGGACGCCUGUCGCUUUGAUGGCUAGCUCCUCGAGCGUAUCGUUCACGUACAUGCAAGCUGCUUUUUAUCUGCCGGUGUACUUCCAAGUAAUGGGUGCGUCGGCCACGACAUCGGGUCUUUGGACACUGUCGUUCCUGCUUGGUGCUUGCGUGACCUCGCUCUCCGCUGGGAUGACGAUUUCGCGCAUAGGCAAAUAUCGACCUUUCAUCUGGACGUUCAGCGUUGUUUAUUGUCUCGGUUAUGGCUUGAUGAUCAAGCUGGACAAUGACUCUUCGACGGCGGAGAAAAUCGUAUUCCCCUUACUUGCCGGUCUAGGGUGUGGUCCGAUGUUCCAGACGAACCUCAUCGCCAUGCACGCUUCAAUGCCUGUGAAGGACAUGGCGACCGCUACUGGCGCACUUACUUUUAUGAGAACGCUUUCAUCCACCUCGGGCCUGUCUGUAGGCCAGACCAUCUUGACGAACACCUUGCGCAAGAAGCUCGCUGGCGUAGAAGGGAUUGGUUUCGACCCUGCGUCUGGUGCAGGGCUCGACAACAUCGCCAUGAUUCACCAGAUUUCUGAUCCCGAGCUUCGUCGACGCGUAACCCACGCAUUCGUGCAGUCCAUAAGCACGAUAUGGAUCGUCAACACGGCGAUUCUCGGUGCAGUCAUCUUCGUCGUAUUACUCAUACGGAGUUAUCCGCUCAAGAGACCCACCGUACAAGCCGCGAAGGACGAGGCUGAAGAGACCGUCGUUGGCCCUGGCGUCGAAGGAGACCUCGAGAGUCAGCCUGCUAGCAAGGCCCCGACCAUAGCUAAUUCACCGUCCGCGGAGAAGGCGAACACAUAGAGAAAUCGACACAACAAGAAAUGCAUUAAAAUACGCACUCUAUUUGGCUCGGAAUUUGAGGAGCCAAGAUUAUGGAGAGAGUGCGAAGGAAAGGGAGAGUAGGACAGCGCCACGACUCGUUUUAAGCACCCGCACUUCUUGAUGAUCAUCAGUCUGCUCAAUCAGCUU